AUGGGAGGGCUUCUGUCUUUGCCGCUUAUGGCGCUUCCCAGCGCCGCUACGCUUAUCACCACCGUCGGCUCUUGUUGCGGAGCUGCAACAUGUUCUGCUGUGUGUAGUGCAUGUGGAAAGUUUAAUAAUAGUAUGGCUACGAGAAUCGCAUACGCCUUCAUCCUUUUAAUUAAUUCAAUUGUGUCGUGGAUUAUGCUCACGCCAUGGGCGCUCAAGAAACUGCAACACCUCACCCUGGACUAUAUGGAAAUCAAAUGCGAUGGCAAAGAGUGCUACGGUUGGGUGGCAGUUCACCGGAUCAACUUCGGUCUUGGGCUUUUCCAUCUGGUUCUUGCCGUGCUCUUGCUUGGUGUUCGGUCGUCUAAGGAUAGCCGCGCAGUGCUGCAGAAUGGAUUCUGGGGCCCGAAGGUUAUCUUAUGGCUGCUGUUUGUUGUGAUGUCCUUUUUCAUCCCAGAGUCGUUCUUCUUCGUAUACGGCCACUACAUCGCGUUCAUCUGCGCUAUGCUUUUCCUCCUCCUCGGGUUGAUUCUUCUUGUGGAUUUAGCGCACUCCUGGGCCGAACUGUGUCUACGGAAGAUUGAAGAUAAUGACUCGCGCCUGUGGCGCGGAUUGCUUAUUGGUUCUACCCUGAGCAUGUAUCUUUCGUCUAUUGCGAUGACUGUUCUGAUGUAUGUCUUCUUCGCCAGAGGAGGCUGUUCUAUGAACCAGGCAGCGAUCACGAUCAAUCUUGUCGUUUUCCUCAUAAUCUCGGUCGUGUCUGUGCAGCCUGCAGUACAGGAACACAAUCCCCGGGCAGGAUUGGCACAGGCUGCGAUGGUGGCUGCUUAUUGCACAUACUUGACCUUGUCCGCUGUUUCGAUGGAACCCGACGAUAACCAGUGCAACCCAUUGAUUCGUGCUCGCGGUACCAGGACGGCCACCAUCGUCCUCGGCGCCAUUGUUACCAUGGCUACCAUUGCUUAUACCACCACGCGCGCCGCUACCCAGGGAUUUGCUCUCGGCUCCAAGGGCGGCCAUAACUACUCGCAGCUUGAGUCGGACUACAACGAACACAGCCUCGUUACCCAACAGCCGUCGACCCGCCGGGAAAUGCGCGCGGAGGCUCUCCGUGCCGCAGUUGCUAGCGGCAGUCUCCCCGCCAGCGCCUUAGACGAUAGCGACGACGAGUUCGACGACGAUGACACGAAUGAUGAUGAAAGGGGCUCAACCCAGUACAACUACUCUCUGUUCCACAUUAUCUUUUUCCUGGCUACAACUUGGGUCGCCACUCUGUUGACCCAGAACCUGGACCCCGAAGCUGUCGAUGAUUUUGCCCCUGUUGGACGAACCUACUGGGCCAGCUGGGUGAAGAUCAUUAGUGCCUGGGUCUGCUACGCGAUUUACUUGUGGACUUUGAUUGCGCCCAUUCUCCUCCCGGAUCGGUUUGAUGCGUACUAG